AUGUGCUACUACGGAGGAUAUUAUGGAAGUCUGGGCUAUGGCUAUGGUGGCCUUGGCUAUGGAUAUGGCUGUGGCUAUGGUGGCUAUGGUUAUGGCUGCUGCCGCCCACUGUGCUGUGGAAGAUACUGGUCUUAUGGCUUCUACUGA